AUGGAAAGAUUGCUACGUAUUGGGGAAGAACGUGGAUUUCCUGGCAUGAUAGGCAGCAUUGAUUGUAUGCACUGGGAGUGGAAGAACUGUCCACACGCAUGGAAGGGGCAGUAUCAAGGAAGAGCAGGAGUUGCAACUCUCGUACUGGAGGCAGUUGUGGACAGAGAUCUAUGGAUAUGGCGUUCGUUCUUUGGGAUGCCAGGUAGCUGCAACGAUAUUAAUGUGCUUCAUCGAUCCCCUGUGUUCGAAGACGUCUUAGAGGGUCGAACACCUGUUGUGAACUUCGUAGUCAAUGGUAAUCAUUAUACGAAUGGGUAUUAUCUUACUGAUGGAAUCUACCCUAGAUGGGCUACUUUUGUGAAAUCCAUUACGAGUCCACAAGCUCGUAAGGAUCGUUUAUUCGCAAAAUACCAGGAAGCUGCAAGGAAAGACGUUGAACGCGCAUUUGGGGUCCUUCAAGCUCGUUUUGCCAUUAUUAAAAAGCCGUCUUUGGCGUGGGAUACCGACAUACUCCACAAUAUCAUGCUCGCCUGCAUCAUAAUACAUAAUAUGAUCGUUGAAGAUGAACGAGAGACGUAUCAAAAUAACGUUAAUACCAAUGAGUUUAUGAAUGCUAGAGGCAACGCUAAUGAGGACACUACCGAGUACCGUACUGAUCGUAUUGUGGAUAUCGGCUUAUACUUGACUCGUAGAACAGAGAUUGAGGAUCAACAGACUCAUUUGCAGCUAAAAAACGACUUGGUCGCACAUAUAUGGAAUAAAUUUGGUAACAACGAGAACUUACGCAACUAG